UUCUUCAUUUUUGACUGACGACAGUAAACAAAAUGAAACGUGUUGUAGUGACCGGGAUAGGACUAGUUACUCCACUGGGUUGCGGAGUUAAUUAUGUUUGGAAUGCAUUAUUAGCUGGGAAAUGUGGUGUUCGAAAACUUGAGAGCCCAGAGUAUGAUAAAAUUCCAUCUAAAGUAGCUGCUAGAGUACCUGGAUUCAACGCAAGUGAGUACGUCACUGCAGCCAGUGAAAUUCGCACCAUGUCGCCAGCUUCACUAUUUGCGUUAGCAGCCUCUAUCGAAGCAGUUAAAGAUACUGGCAUCGUAGAUUUUUCUGCUAUUCGAAAGAGAACAGGUGUUGCCGUAGGUAUGGGGAUGUCUGAUUUAGAAUACAUAAUUGAAACUGCCAACAUUCUCAAGAACAAAGGCCCAUCCAAAAUUAGCCCUUACUUUGUCCCCCGAAUAUUAACCAACAUGGCUGCAGGCAUAAUAAGCAUCAAGCAUGGGUUUCACGGCCCCAACCAUUCAGUUUCCACAGCAUGUGCUACUGGUGCUCAUUCUAUAGGAGAUGCCACAAAUUUUAUCCGCCACGGAGGUGCUACUGCAAUGGUUUGCGGAGGGACAGAAUCGUGUAUUUCGCCGCUGAGCAUGGCAGGUUUCUCUCGUCUACGAGCUUUAUCCACCAAACAUAACGACAGUCCCGAAAAAGCAUCUAGACCGUUCGAUACGCAACGAGAUGGAUUUGUUAUGGGGGAGGGAGCAGGUAUUCUGUUUUUGGAAGAAUUGGAUUCCGCGUUAUCGAGGAAAGCCAAGAUUUAUGCAGAAAUCUUGGGUUACGGCACCUCCGGAGAUGCUUCACACUUGACGGCACCUUCAGAAGAGGGUACCGGUGCCAUUCAAGCAAUGCAAAAUGCUUUGGAUGACGCAAGGUUGUCCGCUGAACAAGUUGGCUACGUCAACGCUCACGCAACCUCGACACCUUUGGGCGAUGCGAUUGAAGUACGUGCCAUAAACAAAGUAUUCUCGUUGUCCAGCCAAAAGCAGCCGUGGGUUAGCUCGAUGAAAGGUUCACUCGGCCACGGGCAAGGAGCAGCCGGAGCCAUCGAAACAAUUUUGGCCAUCUUGUCCAUCCAUCAUUCAACAUUACCUCCAAACAUCAAUCUCGAAACUCCUGAUCCAUCCAUGGUGGAUUUAGUUAGAUUCACACCGAGCCAUCCAUUACCGUGGUCGUUGGAAAGUGGCCAAAACCGUCGGAUUCUACUUAAAAACUCUUUUGGUUUUGGUGGAACUAACGCUAGUCUGUGCAUAGCUUCCUUUUCGCCUUAAUUAGAAUUUCGUUAUUGUAAUAAAAACAAAUAAUUAAACAAAAAAAGUGUUGAUGUGCAACAA